CCAAGCCAACCUGCGAAGCCCCAAAAAGUUCCUGCAGGAGCUGCUGACUGAAACACUCAAUGCGCUGUCCAAGGACACCACCGAGGUAGGAGGGAAUAACAACAGUUUGUUCAAUCCCAAGCCAAGCCGCAAGGCCAACAUAGUAUGGAACCUGUGCACUACUGUGCAGCCCGAAAACCUGCGCAGCCCCAAGAAGUUUCUGCAGGAGCUGCUGACUGAAACACUCAACGCGCUGUCCAAGGACACCACCGAGGGAAGUCGCGGCGCGGUGUGCGCAGCGGCAUUAGCGGCUUUGGUGCGCGCUCGACCGCACCUGGGCGGCGCGUGCGCGUCGUACGGCGAGCUGCCGCGGCUGGCGCGCCUGCUGCCCGCGUGUCCCGAGCACGCCGUGCCCGUGCUGCACGCGCUCGUGCAAGCGCAGGCAUGCGUGGUGGCGCUGUCAUCGACUGACGUAAUGGCAGGCCUAAAAGCGGCCAUGAAGGCGUGUCCCGAGGUGGUGGGCGUGGCGUGCGAGGCGCUCGCGACCAUCUUCAACAGCAGCUGCAACACCGACCGCCUCGUCAACCAGGCGAUAGAAACGGACCUUAUCACCGAGUUACUCUCACUCCUGGAGACGCGUCUCGACGGCCAGACAGCGGCGCAGCUAGUUAGCGCGCUGAAAGCUAUGGCGCGAUGUCCCGCACAUGCUGAGCGCGUGCGAGCUCUAUUGGCUCGCAGUCGUGUGUGGGAGCAGUACUCGCAGCAGCGACACGAUCUCUUCAUAGCUGCCACGCCGCAACACCACUCCAUUGCUGGCGCGCCGCACACCGCCGGCUACCUGACGGCGCCGCCCGCGUCCAUCCCGGCGCAGCCGCCGCCCAUCGAUUGACGCGCCCGACUCACUGAGCGGUAGAACUACAGGUGCACGCUACACUCCGGUAUUUUACACUAUCCUAUCUAUUAUACAGAAUGUCCGGUCGCCGAGCACGUAGAAUUUCGUCCGAUGACCCCGAGCUAACCAUCCUUAUCGCUCGCGCGUAAUAACUGUCGCGACUGUGCGACGGGCGGCCGCAGUGAGUGUGCGAGCGCGACAGGCGUGGGUGUAUAGGUAAGGUCAAAUGGGCGAACUUGUAUUCUCAAAAUCACCUUACCUAUACACUCACGAAGUUAGUCUAACCUUCCGCCAAACACCCUGUAUAAUGUCCGGUCGCCGAGCACGUAGAAUUUCGUCCAAUGACCCCGAGUUACCCGUCCUUAUCGC